AUGGGCAAAAUGCUACUUUUCUAUACAAUACAUGCGCAUUGUAUGCCGCAUGCAUGCAUAAAAGGGGAAACGUACCCGAUCCAUACUGUGAGGGAUUAUAUUUGUAUCAUUGGUGGGUAAGUGACCUUUCGUUGUGGAAUCGCAGUUAA